AUGGGUGGCCACGACCGAGAGUGGGAGGUAACUAGUGUUUUGCCAAAUGUUGUCCACAACGACUCUCCGCCGCCUUGUCUACCAUCUAUCUCCUUUUCCCUUCCACUCACUCCACUCUCACCACCCACCAUUAUGGUGAGUAGCUCUUGUCCACACAAUAGACCCUCCUUUAUUGACACUUUACAGGCCAAUCUCCCCAACCUCCGUCGCCUCUUCGUCGAGGCCAGGACCGAGGCCGAAGAGAACGAGUACUCGCGGACAGCAUUCUACAACCUCGUUCUGUUUAUUUCCUCAAUCGCUGUCUUCAGCCUGGCCGCUCAACGCAUGAGCGGACCCAAGGCCAGCCGAUGA